AUGGGACGGUACCAGUGGUGCGUUUGGGCUCUCUGCGGCUGCGGCUACUUCAUCGACCUGCUCUGGGCGCAGGCGUUCGGCCUCGUGCUGAGCUCGCGGCAGCAGGAGCUGGGCUUCAGCAACGGCCAGUCAGGCCGCAUCGCCACGAGCUUCAAUGCCGGGCUGACGGCCGGUGCAUUUUUCUGGGGCUUCAUGGCAGACAUUGUCGGUGCCCGCCGCUGGGCUUUCAACCUCACCUGUCUCGUCUCCUCCAUCUUUGGCCUCUGCCUCGGCGCCUCAAAUAGCUACACCACGUUCCUCGUCCUCACGGCCUUUGUCGGCUUCGGCGUCGGCGGCAACAUCCCCGUCGACUCGGCCAUCUUCCUCGAGUUCGUCCCGCGCGACCGCCGCUUCCUGCUCGCGUGCCUGUCCGUCUUCCAGCCUCUCGGAGUCAUCGCGUCCAGCGCCAUCGCCUUCGGCUUCAUCCCAAACUACUCGUGCACGCCCAACUUUUCCGAGCCGAACCCCCUUCCCUCAUGCAGCAACGUCGCCGAGGGCACCCGCUGCUGCGCGAGGGACAGCAACAGGGGCUGGCGCUAUGUGCUGUUCACCACUGGUGCGCUGUCGCUGACGGUUUUUGUGCUUCGCUUCUUCGUCUUCUCGUUCAAGGAGACGCCCAAGUUUUUGGUGUACGCGGGCCGCGACGACGAGGCCAUCGCCACGAUGCGGCACAUCACAGGCAGCAAGGACAGCAAGUGCGACAUCACGGCCGAGGCAUUUGAGGCCGUCGAGCGCGAGUACGAGGUGGAAGUCAGCAGCAACAGCCGGCGGAGCUCACACUCUAGCGCCUCGUCGCAGGGGCUGAGCAUGGGCGGCGGCGCCGUUGCCCAGCUGGCCAGGACACUGGCUCCUUACAAGGUCUUCUUCGGCAGCUGGGGCAUGGCCCGGCUGACCAUCCUCGUCUGGCUCAUGCAUGCCAUGGACUUUUCCGGCUUCACCGUCGCGGGCUUCUACCUGCCGCGGAUCCUGGCCCUCAAGAACGGCGCCGCCCACGUGAGCCUGCGCGCCACCUACGCCGCUUACAUCUACACCUACGCGCCCGGCAUCAUCGGCGUGCUCGCUGGCGCGCUCAUGUACCGCGUGCCGCUGCUCGGCCGCCGGUGGACCAUGGUGCUCUCCUCGGCCCUCAUGGGCGCGUCCAUCUUCCUCCUCGCGACGGUCGACUCCGUCGCCAAGCGCGAGGGCCUGUUCGCGCUCGAGUACUUCUUCCAGUCCAUGUUCAAUGCCGUGCUGUACGGCUGGACGCCCGGGGCGUUCCCCGCGCCGGUGCGCGGCGCGGCGUGCGGCGUCGCGGGGUUCUGGGGCCGCCUGUUCGGCAUCAUCAGCCCGCUGAUCGCGCAGAGCCUGUACGGCCGGGCGAAGGAUGGCGGCGGCAGCGGUGACGUCAAUGCGGUGCUGUACCUGGCAGGUGGUAUUACGCUUGGCUGCGUGCUAACCACGGCCCUUCUGCUGACGAAGUUGAUGGUGUCGGAGGACGAGACGCAGCGCUGA